AAUGUCUGAGAAACCUAGAGCCCAGUAUGAGGAAGACGACCAGGCCAGUGGCCGGCGUAUCCAAAGCCACGGCAGCAGGCACUAAGGCCCAGACUGGGGAGAGAGUCAAGCCUGAGGGCGCCAACAUGGGCACAGCCAGCAAGAAUACGGCCAAGACCUCCUCUACCGCACCACUCUCUAAGGCGAAGAGCAGCGAUGACUUGUCAUCAGCAACAACAGUAGGCAGUGGAGCCUCUGCUGGGAUCAGCACUGUUGCUAAGUUCAAGAAGACUAGUUCUGCCCACUCUUCAACCUUUUCCACUACAGGUACCAGCAACCCAGAGGGCAAGACAAAGACUAGCUCAGUGUACUCCUCAGGCAAGCGUGGGACCGGUUCAUCCCGGGAGGGCCUGCGAGAAUGCUCCAGAACUGGCACCGCCAGCAGGAAGCUCUCUGGACCCUCGGACGCCUUGGCACCGCCCAAGAGAGUCUGCAGCCGGGCCAUGACUGAGUCCGAGUCCCGUAUGAGCAAGUCCAGGUCGGAUGGGCAGCUCAGCAAUAAGACGGUCCUGGAGAGCAGGGUGAAGGACCUGCUGGGCCUGGCCAAGAGCAAAGACGUGGAGAUCCUCCAACUGCGCACCGAGCUGCGGGCCAUCCGUGUCCAGCUAGGCCUGCCUGAGGAGGAUGGGGGGAGCAGAGAGAGGGGCGAGGGAGAGGAGACUGCUGAGGCUGAGCCCCCACAGGAACAGAAGAAAGAAGCCCCUACUCCGCUCAUCUAUACAGACGUUGAGUCCACCCUGCUCUUGCUGCAGGACCAGAACCAGGGGAUCCGCGGGGAACUGAACAUGCUAAAGAGUGAGAACCGCAUGCUGAAGGACCGCCUCAAUGCCCUGGGUUUCUCCCUGGAACAGAGGCUGGACUGCUCCCUCAAAGCCCCGCGAGACUCCUGCCUCAGCCCAGAGCUUCCCCCAGCCAGCGGUGGCAGAGAUGGAGGGUUCCAACGGGCCUCUUUUCAACAUGGGGUCUCCCCGCACAGCUCUGCCUGCGGCUCCAAUGAAGACCUUCUGGACCCCCGGCGAGCCAUCUCCCCUGAGGCAGCCGACAGCGAGUGCAGCGAAGCCUACCAACCGAUCACCUCCAGCGAUGACGCCCUGGACGCCCCCUCUGGUUCUGCCUCUGCCUGCUGCUCCUCCUCUGAGUCAGAGGGCGGGCCACCGAGUCACUGCGAGCGCUCCCGUAGAGGCAGCAGUGGCAACACCAGCGAGGUGUCGGUGGCCUGUCUAACGGAGCGCAUUCACCAGAUGGAGGAGAACCAGCACUGCACCUCUGAGGAACUCCAGGCCACACUACAGGAGCUGGCCGACCUGCAGCAGAUCACCCAGGAACUAAGCACAGAGAACGAGCGGCUGGGCGAGGAGCGGGUCAUCCUGGUGGACUCCUUGUGCCAGCAAGGUGACCGGCUGGAGUUGUAUGGCCAGCAGAUGGACUACUUCCGGGGCCUGCUGGACGAGCACCGCGUGGCCUACGCCCCGGUCGACGAGGAGGACACUAAGAGCAGCCGCUACCUGGAGCUGGAGCGCCGCUACGUGGACCUGACUGAUGGGACCCACUUCGAGAGGGAGCAGCUGCUGGGGGUGCAGCAGCGCCUGAGCGGGGCACUGAAAAUGGCCGAGCAGGACAACGCAGAAGCCCAGGGCCUGAUAUCAGCGCUAAAGGAGAGGGUGCACAUGGCUGAGCGGCAGGCUGAGAUGGAGCGCAGGGAUAGGGCAGCAGCGGCCACAGAGCUGGAGGUCCUGAGGGAGGCGGCCGGGGGGGAGCAGGCGGAGUUGGCUCGACGCAGGGCCCAGCUGGAGCAGGAGAGACAGAGGGUGGCUGACCUCUACUCCAUCCACAAUGCCGGGGACAAGAUGGACAUCCGCCACCAGCUGGAAAGCGAGAGGAGGGACAAGGAGAGGGCAGAGGCGGAGUCUGCUCAGCUGCAUGUGGAGCUGGACCACACCCGCGACGAGGCCGCCAGGCUGGAGGACGGUAUCAGCAAGCUGGAGGAGAACUUCCGUGCGUUUCGUGAUGAGGUACAGAAGCAGCUAGCAGAGCAGAAGCGGGCCCUGGCACAGCAGUGUUCUGAGCUGGAGGAGAGGGACACUGAGGUCUCAGACAUGAAGGAGACCAUCUUUGAGCUGGAGGACGAGGUGGAGCAACACCGAGCCGUAAAACUCCACGACAACCUCGUGAUCACAGACCUGGAGAACUCCGUCAAAAAACUGCAGGACCAAAAACAUGACAUGGAGCGUGAGAUCAAGAUGCUGCAUGGAAAGCUACGGGAGGAGUCUAUGGAGUGGCGUCAGUUCCAGGCCGACCUGCAGACGGCGGUGGUCAUCGCUAACGACAUCAAGUCCGAGGCUCAGGAGGAGAUUGGGGAUCUGCGGCGCCGCCUUCUGGACACACAGGAGAAGAAUGAGAAGAUGAGCAAAGAGCUGGAGGAGAUCAAGAAGCAGGAUGAGGAGAGGGGCAGGGUGUAUAACUACAUGAAUGCGGUUGAGAGGGACCUAGCUGCCCUGAGGCAGGGCAUGGGUCUCAGCCGACGCUCCUCUACCUCCUCUGAGCCCUCUCCCACCGUCAAGACCCUUAUCAAGAGCUUUGACAACGCCUCCACUGCAGGCCUUGUCCCAACCUCCCCCACAGCAGCCGUGCCAGCAGUUACCACAACGAUUGCCCGUACACCCCUCAGCCCCAGCCCUCUGAAAACCCCACCCGCUGCUGCUAUCUCUCCCAUACAGAGGCACACUGCGUCGACCCCCAAACCCCCGUCCUCCAUGGUGGACAAGAGGUCCAGUUACACAGACCUCACUAUGCCAGCAGAUCACCUGCUCCGGGCCUCGCCUGGGACCCCCUCUGCCCUCCAGAGGGUCCCCAACAUGGACUCCAAGUCCCUCUCAGUGUCCCGAAGGUGCAGUGAGGAGCUGAAGAGGGACAUGUCUGCCUCAGAGAACACUGCCUCGGCCUCCCUCAUCACCUCCUCCCCCCAGCUCUCCUCCCUUUCCCCUGCCUCCUCCCCCACCGCCUCAGUCACCCCCUCCGCAAGGGGACGCUUACGGGAGGAGAGAAAAGACGCCCUGUCUGCACUGGCCAGGGAGUACGGGGGAUCCAAGAGGAACGCCCUGCUUAAGUGGUGCCAGAAGAAGACUGAAGGAUACCUGAACAUUGAUAUCACCAACUUCAGCAGCAGCUGGAACGACGGGCUGGCCUUCUGUGCUGUUCUCCACACCUACCUGCCUGCCCACAUCCCCUACCUGGAGCUCUCCAGCCAGGACAAGGACAUUGGAGAGAUGGUGCACACAGAGAGGCCUGACUGGCAGAGUGUGAUGACCUACGUCACUGCCAUCUACAAGUACUUUGAGACGUGACCCAUCUUCAAGCCUGAACACCUCGCUUGCCCACACACACACGUCCAGCCAGGGAUGUCAUCGCAACACUGGACAACCUUAGAGCAACAUCAGCCAAUGCUACCUGCGAAGACGUCUAGGGCCCUGAGUUCUACGUUAAGCUGCAUCACUUAACUCAACCAAUAUAUUCCAUGUUUACACUGCAAUGUUCUACAAACUCUUGGCUUGGGAUGCUCAUGUGGCUUCUCAGUUUGAUUGAAUUCUUCAGACUAGGCUGUGGAUAGACUGAGGCCAUGGGUAUUAGACAAUGUGUUGAACUGUCCUUCAACUUUCCCUGGGUCAGUGACUUCAUGUAUACUCAAGUCUUCUGGCCUCUUGACCCCAGUCCUAUGUGAACUCUGUGCUGCAGUAGCCUACACCAUCAUUACCUCCAACAUUACACUGUAGUUCAUAUUUAGCUAGCUGAAAAAAUGUGUGUAUGGUUUUGGACUUGGAAUACUGCGGAGAACAGGAUUUCCUUUUUAAAAUGCCUUUGGCUUUGUCCAUUUUGUCUCUUCGCUCAAUGACUUGAGGGUAAGUGUGAUUUACCUGACUGACAGAGGGUCCAGCUUAACUGUAGGUGUUCUAACUAGGCUGUUUUAGCCCAAUGCUUUGCUGUGAUAUUUAUUCCAAAGAGAUAAUAACUUCAUACGAAUCAAUGCCAUGUUUGUUUUUGCCAAUUAUGACAAUGAGCAUUGACAUUAAUAAUACAUAGGACUUAUAGUGCUUUUUGAAGGACCCAAAGUCAGAGUUCAAUCGCAUUGACGUCUUUUACGCAGUUUAUUAUUUGUCUCAGUCCGUUGUGUCCAAACUCAGUAAACGUGAUGGUUGGCCACCACGGCCAUUCUCUGGUUUUACAGUGAGGUCCCUUUAGCACACCCAUCCAUAAUGGUUGUACAGUGAGGUCCCUUUAGCACACCCAUCCAUAAUGGUUGUACAGUGAGGUCCCUUUAGCACACCCAUCCAUAAUGGUUGUACAGUGAGGUCCCUUUAGCACACCCAUCCAUAAUGGUUGUACAGUGAGGUCCCUUUAGCACACCCAUCCAUAAUGGUUGUACAGUGAGGUCCCUUUAGCACACCCAUCCAUAAUGGUUGUACAGUGAGGUCCCUGUAGCACACCCAUCCAUAAUGGUUGUACAGUGAGGUCCCUGUAGCACACCCAUUCAUAAUGGUUGUACAGUGAGGUCCCUGUAGCACACCCAUUCAUAAUGGUUGUACAGUGAGGUCCCUUUAGCACACCCAUCCAUAAUGGUUGUACAGUGAGGUCCCUGUAGCACACCCAUCCAUAAUGGUUGUACAGUGAGGUCCCUGUAGCACACCCAUUCAUAAUGGUUGUACAGUGAGGUCCCUGUAGCACACCCAUCCAUAAAUAGGCUGAACAACACAGGGAGCUGACCUGAUAAGCUAACAGUUUGGGCAUUAAGGUAAAAGCACCACUUACUGUUCAGCAAAUCCUCCCUGGUUUCAAAGCACAACGGGAUGUGAGGCUCUUUACUUAAAUGGAAUGUGUUUAAACCUUCAUCAAUGCCAUAAAAAGCACAACGUGUCAAAGCCGUUGGGUGUACUACACACAGUAAAGCCCCUUCCUCCAGCACAGGGAAAUCAUAUUAGCUAUGUAUGUUCCCACACAUGGGAAAAGCUUACAAUCAUUUGCUUUGAAGUAGUUAAAUAAGUAUGAAUGAGAAUUUAUGAGUUGUGUUUUUGGUACGUUGGAAUAUUCUCCUUAUACUGAGAUACCAUGUGAAUAUUUCAUAACAUUUUGUUGUUGCUCAUAAAGGCAUCUGAUAAGGUUUCCACAGCUAAGAUGAGCUACAGUCAUUUAAAUGGUACUAGUCAUUGCCAGGAAUCAAGGCUAAUAGACAGUGUAUAAAACAUUAGGAACACCUUCCCUCGGAAUAGCCUCAAUUCGUCGGGGCAUGGACUCUACAAGGUUGGCUUGUAGAAUCCAUGUUGGCUCCAAUGCUUCCCACAGUUGUGUCAAGUUGGCUGGAUGU